GUCCAGUCGUUCGUUUUAAACACAUCAACUUUUGUGAGUUUAGGCAAUUUUGUCUUCACCACAUAAUAAAGAAUAUAAAUAAACAGUGAAUAAUCAUUAAAAAAAGCUCUUCGACGCUACGAAAUCGACGAGAAAGCUACGAUCUACGACUACAGUUCUUCGAUUCUUAUCAGAGACAAAAGUAAAGCUAUCUACGGCUACGUAAAUUUUGCGAGAGACUUACGCUACUGCUACGAAACAAAAAAGCUACAAUGGGUGAUCAACAACGUGGUACACGAGUUUACGUCGGAAACUUGAAUGACACCGUCAAGAAGGAGGAUUUGGAAGACGAAUUCACCAAAUACGGAAAAUUGAACUCUGUCUGGGUUGCUCUUAACCCCCCAGGUUUCGCUUUCGUCGAGUUCUCCUCGAAGGAAGAUGCCCAAAACGCUUGCGACACCUUGAACGGUCAAGAGUGCUUGGGCAGCACCUUGAAGGUCGAGAUUUCUCGUCCUCGUCGUCAAGGAGGCGGUGGUCGCUUCGGCGGCGGCGGCGGUGGUCGCUUCGGAGGCGGUGAUCGUCGCGGAGGAUCCGGUGGCUUCGGCGGAAGACCCGGCGGUUUCGGAAAUCGCGGUCCCGGAGGUCCUCGUCGCUACAACGAUGGCGGUUCGGGCGGCGGAUUCAAUCGUCGUGACGAAUUUGGAUCUGGCGGCUCCGGUGGUUUCGGCGGCGGCAACAGAUUCGGAUCGGGCGGCGGUGGCGGCGGCGGUUAUCGCAGCCGAUCUCCCCAAGGACAAGGAGGUCCACGACGCUUCUAAAUCAUUACCAUUCAUCGUAUUUAUAUUUAAUCGUAUAAAUAUACACACAUGCCCACAGAUAACUUUUUAGCCGUUAAGUCUCAGAUUUACAUUUUUCACAAACACACAAAAACUCUCUCUCACUUCAUUAAAAGAAAACAAAAAAUAUUUUAGAACGAUAGAUGACAAAGAAAAUUACUUAGCAUUCAUUACCAAAAGCAUUUCUAUGUACUACGAUUAAUUUUUUUAAUCAUGUUCACAACAAAAAAAAAUCAUUUUAAGUAUAAGUCGCGUUAAAGUUAAGAAAAAGAUGAAGAAUUGUGUCAAUCGGUCCUAAGCUUUACUUGUGUCUCUGUAGAAUCUCGAACGAACUGACGAUUUGUUGUAGCUUUUGUCGCUUCCAAAAAAAAAAUUUACAAAAAAAAACAUUUGAAAUUCUACAGAACUCGACAGAAAAGAAAAUUGCACACACACACACGCGAUAAAAAGUCAUCCAAAUGUUUUAAUUAUAUUCUUUAUCGAAUUGAAUUGAAAUGAAUGUCAAAAAACUUAAAAAAUAUCCAGAAAUAAAAAAAAAAUCGCAUAAAACUGACUUCGUAUUCACAAUUAAAAAUUAAAAAAAAAAUUAUCAAGAUUUUUACCAAAAAAUAAAAAAAAAUGUACAGAGCGUAGCAAAAAACACAGGAAAAAAUGUAGCUUAUCUUCGCGCGUUGAAAAAAAAAUAAGAAAAAAAUUGUACGUCUCGUCGAAAAUUUGCGUCUGCUGCGCUUUGAAUGCAGUAUUAAUCACACCGAAAAAUAAAUAAUUUUUUACGUCAAAAAAAAAA